AUCUGAACGGCUACGUAAAGAAUAUUUCAUUGUUUACAAAUCGGAAUUUUUUAAAAUUCGUAGCUUUAAUUAUAAAUAAAGAGUUUUAAAAUAAUUAAAAAGUUACAUAAGUCGUACAACAAUGCUUGCAACUCAAUCAACAGCAGGUGCAAUUCCAGUUCGUAAUGAAAAAGGCGAAGUGUCAAUGCAAAAAGUUAAAGUACAGCGAUAUAUAUCUGGAAAACGUCCUGAAUAUGCUUUAAAAGAUACAUCCGAUGAAAGUUCUAAUGAUGAAGAUUAUUUUGAAAAUCGUAAAUCGAUUGUCAUCAACAAAGUCAGAGAAAUCGGCGGCGAGGAAGAUGAAAAAAGAAGUGCUGAAGAAUCAGAAGAGGAACUCGACGAUCCCAGAUUGAGACGUUUAAGAGCCACGAAGCAAGAUGAUAUUGAAGAUCGUUUGGAACGUCACCACGACUCAUCGGAAUAUGAAGAAGAUGAAAGUGAUGAAGAAGACCACGAGCCAAGAAUCAAGCCUCAGUUUGUUAGAAGACGUGAUCGCACGACAAUAAUUGAAAAAGAGAAUGAUUUAAUUAAGCAAAAGCAAAUGGAACAAGAAGCGAAGAAAUUGGCUAAAGAGCGUCGUCGUUACACUUUGAAACUCGUCGAAGACAGUAUAAAGAAAGACAUGGAGUCACAGAAAGCUGAAAAGGAUCCGCACAUUAACGAUGUACAAACCGACGACGAAAACGACGAGCUUGAAUAUGAAUCCUGGAAAUUACGUGAAUUGAAGAGAAUUAAACGUGAACGUGAUGAAAGAGACAUUCUCGAUAAAGAAAAGAAUGAAAUUGAAAGAUUGAGGAAUUUGACAGAAGAGGAACGACGAAAAGAGCUUCAAAUGAAUCCGAAGCUCGUUACAAACAAAGGCGUCAAAGGAAAAUACAAAUUUCUUCAGAAAUAUUAUCAUCGUGGUGCUUUCUAUCUCGACAAGGAAGAAACAGUUUUCAAGCAAGAUUUCUCAGCUCCAACAUUAGAAGAUCAUUUCGACAAGACAAUUCUCCCAAAGGUGAUGCAAGUGAAGAACUUUGGACGUUGUGGACGAACCAAGUAUACACAUUUAGUCGACCAAGAUACGACAAAGUUCGAUUCGCCGUGGGUUUCAGAGACUGCAGGCAACAUAAAGUUUGUUCAAGAGCGAGCUGGUGGAAUGAAGCAAGUUUUCGAUCGUCCAUCGUACAAUAAACGGAAAAAGGAAUAA